GAACCGAAAACAUUCACAUAACUCACUCUGCAAAGUCGACAUUCGAUCGAUGUUAUAUUUCCACCUCCGGUUCCAACAGUUUUCCGCUGUUCUCGAUUCUUCUUUUCCCCUAUUUUCUUUUUUUCCGUUCAUUUGGUGUCUCUCCCCGUUGCUCCAUCCCCACGUGUAUCUUCGAUAGUAAAACCGGCGUUUAGUUCGCGCGAGCGUGAACCAGUAUGUUCGUGCGAAAGGAAAAGUGAAUGCUCCAAGUUCGAUCGCGCUGAGUUUUUGUGAUCUUGAUACUUUUGUGCCAGACAGUCGAACACGUUCUUCAAGCCGGUGCGAUACCGCUCGCUUCGUCGUUUCGAGAUUCCCUUUUUUCGUCCUCCAGAAUCAGCGCAAUAUUCUCGUCCUUUUAUUUUCUUAUUCGAAAAUAAAGCCAACAGUUUUUUGGUCAACCAAAAGUAAGCUUCCCCGCGAUUAUAUUGAGAUUCUGGUUUGAUUACUCGUCAGAGGGUAUCGAGGACUCUAAUUUCGACGUCAAAUAUUAUAGCAGUGAAAGUGUGACGAGCCCGCAAUGAUUAAUUCGUUAUGAAUCGAACGACGAGUGCUUGCAGCUGUCUUUUUAGAGUGGGUGUGUGCCUCGAGACUCGAUGUUACAAGUGAACGAAAAGAAUCGUUCGAAACUUCGUUUUCCUUGGCGAGCUAAUGAGCAACGGAAAAAUAAAUUCAUCAUUCCAUUCUCCUCUUCGAUCGCGCUUCGAACACGAAUCAUAUUUCGGACGCAAAACGUCGUUCUGUUCAGCCGGAGCUGCCGGAUCUGGGUCACCUUUAAAAUCAUAUGAAAACAUCGACGAUACCGCUCGACCAAGAACACGCGAAUUCGCAAUCUCGAGCUGUACUUUUGGCCAAGUCGGGUCGUCGGUGCCUUAUAUAAUCGUGAAGAAAUUCCCGGUCGGUCUUCGUGAGAGGAGCUCCUGCGGGUGCCUCGAGCGAGAGGAGCCAACGACUUUCGUUUUUCUUGUCGCAAGGCCGUUCCUCAGCGGAUCGAUGGAUUGCUGAACAAUCUUACGUUAUAUUAUUUCAUGUAUAAUUGGAGGAUAAAAAAGUGGAGGGAACGAUAAAGCGAUGUUUUCAUGACUAUCAGCGUUUAACACUGCGCACAACUCGUACAGGAAAUACUCGAGAGAGGAUAAAGUUGUCUCGGAAUUUCGCAGACGUCAAAGAUACAAGGAGGAUGGUGCGACCGAUCCGAUUGGAGGACUGAGCGUGCGUCGACGAUGUAUAAUCUCCCCGGGAAGCGUGGACUCGAGAAAAUUCGUGCCAGACCUCCUGAUGCCUCCUGACAUUGCUAGUGAACAACGGAGGAGAGCAUUGGCCGAGGGAUUGCUAAGGAGAGAGAAAAUUGAUGCGCGUUAACGAAUCGAUCAUCAGAAAUGGUUUUGAGUGCAAUAGUAGUGACGUCAGCAUUGAAGGGAGCGAUAAGCCUCGUCGGGACCGGUUUGUGGUUGGUUCCACUGUUGAUAGCAGGAUUGUCUUAUUAUCGGUACGACCAAUUGGAUCCGGAGAGUCGUCCCAUAAACCGAUAUCCGUUGGAGGCGGAGUACGAUUUCGUGGUGAUCGGUGGGGGCUCAGCGGGCGCCGUUGUCGCCAGUAGACUCUCGGAAAUCCCGAGUUGGCGAGUCCUUCUGUUGGAGGCAGGACCGGAUGAGAACGAAGUGACGGACGUGCCCUCGCUGGCAGCUUAUUUGCAACUGACCAAGUUAGAUUGGAAAUACAAAACGGAAGCGACCGGAAAAUCGUGCUUGGGCAUGAAGGGUGGAAGGUGCAAUUGGCCGAGGGGGAAAGUUCUCGGUGGCUCCAGCGUUCUCAACUACAUGCUGUACGUCCGAGGCAACCGACGGGAUUACGACCACUGGGAAGAACUGGGAAACCCGGGAUGGGGCUACGAGGAAGCUCUUUACUACUUCAAGAAGUCGGAGGACAACAGAAACCCGUAUCUGCGUAACAGCCCUUAUCACAGCACCGGUGGCUUCCUCACGGUCCAAGAGGCACCGUGGAAAACCCCACUGGUCGUCGCCUUCGUCGAGGCCGGGAUGGAAUUGGGCUACGAGAAUCGCGACAUAAACGGCGAGUAUCAGACCGGCUUCAUGAUCUCACAGGGGACGAUAAGACGAGGGAGCAGAUGUUCGACGGCAAAAGCUUUCCUGAGGCCGGUCAGGUUACGAAGGAACAUUCACACCGCCAUGAACAGCCACGUGACGAAAAUCAUGAUCGAUCCUUUGAGCAUGAGGGCAAAGGGCGUCGAAUUUUAUCGGGACGGAAAGAAGCAAGUCGUCUGGGCAAAGAAGGAAGUCAUUUUAUCAGCGGGCUCGAUCAACAGUCCACAACUGUUGAUGCUCUCUGGAAUAGGACCCGGCGAACACCUUCGUCACAUCGGGAUACCGGUCCUCAAAGACCUCCCGGUCGGUAACAACCUCCAGGACCACGUUGGCGCCCUAGGGCUGACCUUCCUCAUCGACAAACCGGUGGCCAUCGUCCAGGAUCGCCUCCAAGCCGCUCCCGUGACGAUGCACUACGUCGCCAAUGGCAGAGGCCCCAUGACGACACUCGGAGGCAUCGAGGGCUACGCUUUCGUCAACACGAAAUUCGCCAACGAGUCUAUCGACUACCCGGACAUACAAUUCCACGUGGCACCUGCCUCCAUCGCUUCGGACGGGGGCGCACAAGUGAAGAAGGUUCUUGGUUUGACCGACGACCUUUACGACACUGUUUUCAAACCCAUCACCAACAAAGACGCCUGGACGAUAAUACCGCUGCUCCUCAGGCCAAAGUCACGCGGUACCGUUAGACUACGGAACUCUAAUCCGUUCAAAAAUCCGCUCAUCAAUGCCAACUAUUUUUCGGAGCCCCGCGACAUCGCCACUCUCGUCGAAGGCGCUAAAAUCGCUCUCAAACUCAGCCAAGCUAAAGUUUUCGAGCAAUUUGGCUCCAGGCUCCACAGAACUAAACUCCCGGGCUGCAGGCAUCUCCAAUUCGGCUCCGAUGCCUACUGGGAAUGUCACAUCAGACACAUGACCAUGACCAUUUAUCAUCCCGUGGGCACUGCCAAAAUGGGACCUCCUACCGAUCCUGAGGCUGUCGUCGACUCCAGUUUAAGAGUUUACGGAGUCCGGGGGCUCAGAGUCAUCGACGGCUCGAUCAUGCCAACCAUCAGCAGCGGCAACACGAACGCUCCGAUCAUCAUGAUCGCCGAGAAAGGAGCCGACCUCAUCAAGAACGAUUGGCUCGGAAGAUAACGAUUCCCUCGAUCGCCUUCUCCUCCGACGUCAACUCAAUCAAAUCUCGUUACAAUCAAACUUAACUUUUGUAAAUCAAACUUUUUAUAUCGCGAUUCGCACUAUUUUUCUCUGAUGCUGGAAGAAGCGCUCUGUUUGCGCUGAUGGAUCUACCGAUUCUACGCGACUCAAUUUACCCAUCCACAUGGCUAAAAAACGACCACAACCUAGAACUUUGUACGAACAACCGUGGGCCAAGAUUCGUCGGGACUGAAGAUAAGUGGAGGAAAAAUACUGAUAUACCUCAAAAGUGCGCUUCGUGCUAAGGAGUCCGAAACUAGUCCAGCCUGGAGACGUCCAAGUUUGCAACGUUCGAGUUCAACGAAUUUAACAAAAAAUACAUUUGCAAUUGACCAAUUUUUCAUUUCACGAAAUCAUUGGUGUAAAUUGAAAAGCUACGAAGUGCAAUUCGGUAGGGAACAAAAUUGUAGAAUUAUUGGAAUUGUUGGAGAGUUUUUUGAGAUUGCAAACUUCAACAUCACUCCAGCCUGACACAACAAUUCUUCAACGGAUUCAACUGUACAUAUGUAAACUUUUAUCGCUGUAACCUCGUAUAACGGGAAAAGAAAUCUUUCGCGUGCCAUAAUCGGUUGUCCCAAUGAAAAAUCGUCAACUAUCCGACCCUCGUGAAAGAUUAACGGAAAAAAUGUCCUCAAGUAUUCCUUCAGGGAAAAGAUUCGCCGUGAACGAGUCUCGGAAAGCAACAAGCGAUGACUCUGCCCACCCACCCGCUCCCCCUGUUCUAAAUUAUGUAAUCAGUUUCAGUAUGUACAUAUUCGUAGUAUAGCACGUGUGAAUAAUAAAGUAGAAAUGGGAUGAAGCAAACGACGGAUAAGUGAACCAAAUGUGUCCUCGCCUCGAAUACCAACCACAAAGAGAGAAAGUUCACUCGAUUCUUACCUUGAACAAAUUUGUUUCUUGCUAAAUGAGAGGCUCGAUCGAACAAACGGCGAUCGGGCUCCGGCACAGGAUGCACUUGAUUCUCGCAGCGAGGGCAGACAAUUAGUUUUAAUAAAAAAACGUAUCUCUAUGAUUUGUUGUAUUUGUUGAUAUAGUUGAUAGGACAUUGCUUGACAAUAAAACUUUUUUCACGAA